AUGCACUGCUGGACCGUCGGAAGGUGGUGCGGGAGUGUGCUCUGGAUAGCCUCUGGGAGGCUGCUGGAAACCAACGGCCAGAGCCAGGUGGUGCAGUCCAUGCACAGCUGCAGGAUGUGCUGCCACCAGAAGAUGCGGGAUACCAGAUGGAGUCUCGGCGAGCUGCAGCAGAUGCCUUGA